UAAUUUUCAUCAACGUCCUGUGAUUUUCUCUCGGUACCAGAGAGUGACGUUCAGUCUACGUGAGAAAAACCAAAAUAUAAAAUCAAUCACUCCCAGUUCUGAAGUGUUUGUCGCAAAACAUUAAACUUCUCAGCAUCAAAAUCUCGGAACUGUUCUGGAAAUCUGUACGUGACGAAUAUAUUGAUUUUAGAUUCUUCAUAAUUUGCACACAGAAGUAGCACUUUUUAAUCUUGCUUAAGUGACACUCUCAUAACCAGGUCUGGGUGCGAGAGAGAUUUAGGGGUCUUAGUGAGCUCUGAUCUCCGUCCAAGGGCACAAUGCAUUCAAGCUAGAAAUCGAGCAAAUAGGGUACUGGGAUUUAUUUCAAGGAGCGUAAGCAACAGAAGUGCCGAAGUCUAACUCAAACUAUAUUUAGCAUUAGUUAGACCUCAUCUUGACUAUGCGGUUCAGUUCUGGUCACCUUAAUAUAGAAUGGAUAUUAAAAUGUUAGAAUCAGUGCAGAGGAGGAUGACUAAGAUGAUUCAGGGGUUGAGAAACUUGCCGUACGAGGAAAGACUCAAACAGUUAAACUUGCAUUCUCUAGAAAGGCGAAGGGUGCGUGGAGACAUGAUCGAGGUUUAUAAAUGGAUGAAGGGCUUUAAUAAGGAAGAUAUUCAUUAGGUUUUGUUGGUAAGAGAACCGGGUAGGACACGAAGUAAUGGGUUUAAACUGGAUAAAUUCAGAUUCAACAGGGACAUAGGCAAAAAUUGGUUUACCAACAGGGUUGUGGAUGAGUGGAAUAGGCUUAGCAGUCAUGUGGUGAGUGCCAAUACAAUUGUCACAUUCAAAAAUAGAUUAGAUAAAUUCAUGGUCAACGAUACUAGGUGGGGUUAGAUACACGGGAGCUUAGGGUCAAAGGAACUGCCUUGUAUAGGCCUACCGGCCUCCUGCAGAUUCCAACGUUCUUAUGUUCUUCUUAUGUUCAAAGUAAAUCUAAAAGUGUCAUUAAUUCUUUAACUAUAUGUCAUUGAUUACUCUCCCUCCUCAUCCUGGAAGCUGGAGGCGCAAUGAAAACAAACAGAACACAAAUGAUCUUACUCUGAAUCAAGAGGGCAGAGGCGGCGGCCCAAUGAGCGGGCGGAGACAAAUUUGGGGGGUUAUGGGAUGGGCGGGGCGCAGGGCGCGGUGGGAGAGAGGACAGCGAGGAGCGGCCGGUGAGAGGCUGAAGACGUGGGUCCUGGGCGGGGACUGGAAGCCGUGGCCAAUCACCGCACCAGGGACGCACCUCCCGCCCACCCAGAAGAGUGGGGGGGGUGAGGUAUGGGGACGUGACAUGGGCGGCGGGCUUGCUGGGGUGCCCACAAAUGGUGGAGAUACUCAGUGUGCCGCAGCUCCUGGACAGUGUACGGUGAAAACAAGGAUAUUGAGACAGUGUGAAGGAACUGAAGGCGCACCAUUCCUACCUGUUAGCGCAGUGAUUUAUGCGAGUGUUGAGCAGCCCGGCGCACGUGGCCCCAUGUUGGUAGAGGCCAUGACGGAGGUGGAGAAGAUGGACCUGCGGCUGACCGCCCGCGGCCCGGCGUCUGCCAAGUGCCGCAUCCUGUAUGACAUCCCGUGCAAGGUGUGUCAGGACCACUCCUCGGGGAAGCACUACGGCAUCUUCGCCUGUGACGGCUGUGCGGGAUUCUUCAAGAGGUCCAUCAGAAGGCAGCGUCAGUACGUGUGCAAGAGCAAGGCGGAGGGCGGCUGCGUGGUGGACAAAACCCACCGCAACCAGUGCCGCUCCUGCCGCCUCUCCAAGUGUAUGCAGGCCGGCAUGAACAAGGACGCCGUGCAACACGAGCGGGGGCCUCGCAACUCCACCCUCCGUCGUCAGAUGGCUCUCUACUUCAAGGAUCCCAGUCCAGAGGUGCCUAGCCGGCCGCCGCCUCGCCCCCGCAGCUCCAACACCCCGCCCGACCCCGCCAGCACCCGCUCACCCCCAACCAGCGUCCCCCACCUCCCCUCCAUCCCCACCCUAGCAGUGAGCUCGACCCUGACUCUGCCCUUCCCCCCGCCGCCCCCUCCUCCCCCAAUAGCGUCUCUGUCAUCCACCCUGAACCUGAAGAUGUCCCUACCGAGUCGCCCCCACCCCAGCACCAUCCUGUGCGACAUGUCGCACCGACCUCCGCCCGAAGUGAUCGACCGCAUGCACCUCUUCUCCACCAGAGCAACCACGCUGCUCGCGCCCACGCCCAAGUACCCGCACGAGCUUGCCCUGCCGGUGAUCACGUCGCCGGACAGCGUGUGUGAGACCGCGGCGCGUCUGCUCUUCAUGAACGUGCGCUGGGCCAGGCACCUGCCCGCCUACACCGCCCUGCCCUUCAGAGACCAGCUGUGCCUGCUGGAGGAGGGUUGGAGGGAACUGUUCGUCCUCUCCGCCGCUCAGUUUCUCCUGCCCGUUGAGGCCGGCCCCCUGCUGGCUGCUUCCGGCCUGAGUGGGGAGCCCUCAGAGCGUCUCCUCCCGAUCCUGCAGGAUAUC